CAAGCGUUCAGUCGCCAGCUGGUGGCCGAUCUAAGCGGUCACACGCGCGUGCGUUCACGUAAUCACGUGUGUGUGUGUAAUCAGGAGAUACUGUUUCUCUCUCUUUCUCUUUCAUUUCUGCUCGGUUCUAAAAUAGCGCGUAUUGCGACGACGUCGUACGACGAAGGCGUGCAGCGAAGCAAAGCGGAGUCGUAGAUGCGCCGUUAUCGCCGUCGUAAUCGUGAUUUUCGUAGUGGCGCGGGAUGCACGUUAUUAAAAUUCGCUAAUUCCCGACGAAGAUAUACGACAAAGACGAAGGAUGUCGUCGGUGUUCUCGAAGCUGAUUGACAGCGCAUCCGCGCGCUACGGCGUGCGACAAGAAACGCUGACGCGCGGUGUCGCCGGUGCCGCUACGACAUUGUAUCUCCUCAAACUUGCUUAUCCGCACAUCCUCACCUGCCUCAAACAAUACCAGAAGAAAAAUCAGCCGUCUCAAUCGAAACACGAUGAAAACGACAUCGUUCUUCCGAAUAAUCCUCCUGGUCGAAACACCAAAAGUGGCAGAAAGAAAUCAAAAUUAUCGGUUGGAUUGGAUCGCGAUUUUCUUCGACAGCUGAUCAUGUUGUUGAAGAUCAUGGUGCCGGGAUGGCGGAGUAGAGAAGCGGGUUUGCUGGCGUGCGCGACGCUGACGUUGUUGGCGAGGACCUUCCUGUCGGUGUACGUGGCCGAGCUGGAGGGUCAAAUCGUGAAGAGGAUAGUGUUGCGCGACGUACAUGGCUUCGGGCUGAUGCUCGCGCGAUGGUUCGCCAUCGCCCUGCCGGCCACUUUCGUCAACUCCGCCAUCAGAUACCUCGAGGGUCGACUGGCACUUAGCUUUAGGGAACGUCUGGUGAAGCAUGCCUAUAAGAUGUACCUGAGUCAGCAGACUUACUAUAGAGUAUCAGCUUUAGACACUAGACUCGGUGGUGCCGAACAAAGACUGACGGAUGAUCUGUCCGAACUAGCCAGUUCCGUAGCGCAUCUAUAUUCUAGUUUAACUAAACCGCUAUUAGAUUGUGCUUUAGUCGGCAUCGCGCUUAUUUCGUUCUCACACAAAAUGGGCGCCAGGACAAUACCAGGACCGUUAUUAGCGGCAGUGGUAAUUGCUUUAACUGGGCAAGUUCUACGUUUCACUUCACCAAAGUUUGGCCACUUGGUCGCCGAAGAAGCAGCGCGACGUGGAAAAUUGAGAGAAGCUCACGCUCGUAUCAGUGCCCAUGCAGAAGAAAUUGCAUUCUACGGUGGACACGAUACGGAACAUCGUUAUCUGAAUUCCGCUUAUAAGUCCUUGGUGACACAUCUGCAGCGCAUUCUCGCCGUCAAGCUCUGGUACGUGAUGCUGGAGCAAUUUCUCAUGAAAUACGUGUGGUCCGGCACUGGACUUCUCGUUAUCGCCAUGCCAUUGCUUUACAACACAGUUACGUCAUCAAGAGGCAAGAUGAUUAACGCGGACGGCGAUGGUGGAGUGAGUGAGCGAACGAGAUACUUGACCACUUCAAAAAAUCUCUUGAGCUCUGGAGCAGAUGCUGUUGAACGAUUAAUGUCUUCUUAUAAAGAAUUGGUUGCGUUGGCGGGAUACGCAGCGCGUGUCAGCGAAAUGUUAGACGUGUUUAGAGAUGCUGCGCUCUGCAAAUACAAGAGAAACGUCGUCGGUAGCACUUCGAGAUCUCUUUCGAAUGGUAACGCUCAACAACUUGCAGAAAAAAUAAUCGAAUUUAGUAAUGGAACUCCAGUAAUUAAAGGAAUUGUUCGUGAAAGCAUGGACGGCAGUAUAAGCUUAAUCAAUGUACCGAUAGUCACGCCUAAUUGCGAAGUUAUCGUACCUAGCUUAACAGUCAAUAUAAAACCAGGUGACCAUCUUCUGAUCACCGGUCCCAACGGCUGUGGUAAGAGCUCCCUUUUCCGCGUCAUAUCCGGUCUCUGGCCCGUCUACGAUGGAACCCUCAUCAGACCAGCCGAGAGGAACUCUUUUGAACACGGCAGACCCGCUUUAUUUUAUAUUCCGCAGAAGCCCUAUAUGACCGUGGGUUGCCUUCGAGAUCAAAUUAUCUAUCCGACACACUCCAGGUCAGAGAAUUGCUCCGAUGAGGAACUGCUACGGCUACUAGACGAUGUGGAUCUGCGAAGUCUCGUAGAAAGAGAACCAAAAGGCUUUGACGCUCUUGGCGAUUGGGAUUCUACUCUAUCGGGUGGUGAAAAACAGCGGCUUGCGAUGACGCGACUCUUUUAUCACGCACCACAAUACGCUUUAUUAGACGAGUGCACGAGUGCUGUCAGCCUCGAAGCUGAAGGAAUAAUGUACGAAACCGCAAAAAAGAAAGGAAUCACCUUGUUAACCAUCACUCAUCGAGUGGCAUCGCUUGCAAAGUAUCAUAAACUGUUGCUAAGAUUUGAUGGAGAAGGCGGAUGGACUUUUGGACCAUUAGAAGAUAUAAACGGAUUAUCGAUGCUACCAAAUCAUGAAACAAAUAAAGAAGAAACGGAGGAGGCGAAGACUAAUCACUAUCAAAUGUUACACGAGCUGCGUGAUAUACAUCCCGAAAACACCUACGUAGGAAUCAGUUGAAAAUAAAUCAAUAGAAUUUUAUAUUAUAAACAAAAUGGAAAAUAUAUAUAUAAAAUAUGAAGUAAAAUAUGAAAUGCAUCUAUUCCAUACCAUAUUUAUUUCAUAUAUAGGACAUCGUACUCUACAUUCUAUACAAUAUGUGCUAUGUAGAAUAUAUAUUCUAUAUAUGUAAUACAUAUAUAAAAUACGACAUGGAUAUAAAAGGUGAUAGAUAAAUUACUGCGAUGAUAUUACAUAAAUGUACAUAUAUUUUUUAUAGGUAUUAUGAGGUAUUAUAUAUUGUAAAAAACUAUUUUUUUAUUUUUAGCAAAGACACAGCAUUACACAUUUCUAGGUGCCUUAAAAAAAUAUAUGUUACUACAGAAAGACUUAUUGGUACACUAUUAUUUUUACAGAUUGUUUCUUGAUUUACGAUAAUUUCAGAUAAUAUGGCUAAUUAAUUAAUAUAAACAUAUAUCAAAUAUACGAAAUAUGUGAUAUACUAUAUAUAUAUAUAUUUUGAAUUGUAAAUGGGAAUUUCUCGAAGAAAAUAUCUACCAUAUUUUUAAAAAUGUUAUUCAGUGAAUAUAAUCCAUUGUUGCUAGCAAAUAUUAAAUAUACAAUUGGUUUACUGUGGAUUGUAAUAGAAUUUUAGACAAUACUGCUAUUUAUGAAGAAUAAAGUUUAUGAAUGUUA